AUGACUUUUGCAAAAGGCAUCCCGCUGGAUAGCGCUGCGAUAAUGUCAAUAGUGCUGGAAAGCAUAUUAUACGGCUUUUCUGUCCUAAUGUUUAUUGGCACCAUCUGGGCGCUGACCUACAAACGUCACAUGCGGGAUGUCAAUCGCCCAAUCACUGCUGUUGCCAUCCUGCUGUUCGCACUGAGCACUGCGCACAUGGUCAUAGGUAUUAUUCGGACUGAAGAAGGACUGGAACAAUACCGUGACAACUUUCCAAGCGGGACAGAGGCAUUCUCCGCAGAAAUCUCCCGAGAAACUUUUGUGAUCAACAAUACAAUAGUCGUUUUGCAGGCUCUACUUGGCGAUGGAGUGGUGAAGAGAUUUUGGAUAAAGAUUUAUCGUUGUUAUGUCGUUUGGCAAACCGUUUGGGUUAUCAUCCUAUCCAGCAUACUGUGGUGCAGUGCCGCAGUGACCGGUGGAUACUCGAUCUACAGCGUCUCGCACACAACUAGCAUCUCCGGACACGUCUUCAGUAAAGCGACUCGCCUAUGGAUCGCAGCGUUUUCUGUCUUGACAAUCGUGACUAAUUUGUUGAGUUCAGGAUUACUGGCGUACCGCAUCUGGAAAAUCGAACGCAGUGUCACUAACAGCCGCACUACGAAGAUCACCACGACGAGUAUACUACGUGUGCUUAUGGAUGCUGCUAUUUUAUACUCCAUGGCGCUCCUCUGCACAUUAGUCGCCAUGGUCUGCUCAAACGAUGGCUCGCUUGUUAUGAUAGACGUGCUCACACCGAUCAUAUCCAUUACUUUCUACAUGGUGAUUAUUCGAAUCGCAAUGGGUAGAAAAAAUCACGGUCAUAUUUUGACUGUCCGUGGAGGGUCGACCAGUGAGACGGAUCGGGGAAACUUGCAGCACUAUACUCUGCAGCCUUUGCAGGUACAUAUAUCUCGAUUUACGCACACUGACGGUGCCUCAGUGUACAGAAAUGGGAGGCAGGACCGACCAUCGACAGGCAAGGAGGUGUUUGUAGAGGGGGCAUCUUGCACCGUGUAA